AUGUCGGAUGGUCUGGGAAGCUCGAAACGACCUACCUGGUCUCCUCUUUAUGUAAGUGUGAUUGUGGUGAUUGUGGUCAUUUGUGAACGUAAUUGUCUGUCACAUGGAGUUUUUGGUAGUGAUGAAAGAGAAAUGAAGGUCAAAACAUUCCGAAACGCCAUGAAGCUCGGAGUCGAUAGGCUCGAUCUCUUACAGCCUGUGAAUGAGAAAUUCAUUAACCCCCUCCCACCCGGCAGAGCAUGGGUCGAACACACAACAAUCCCGCGCCUCUCCCACCUCAUCCUCGACGGCAUGACCCCCGACCAAGCAACAGGCACCAUCCGCGCCGAAUGGGUACAAGACGCCCGUCUCAAGCAAUCCAAACACCAGCCUGCUGAACGUGUGAUUCUCUACAUCCAUGGUGGCGCAUACGUAGUCGGAUCGCCUGCAAGUCAUCGCCCGAUUACGUGGCGAAUGAGCAAACAUGCCCAGGCGAGGAUAUUCGCGCCACGAUAUCGCCUGGCGCCCAAACAUGUGUUUCCGCUCGCGCUGCAGGAUGUGCUGUGUGCGUAUCUGUAUCUGGUGGAUCCGCCGUCGCCUGUCAAUUAUAGAUAUGCGCCGGAGCAGAUUGUGUUUAUGGGUGAUUCGGCUGGUGGUGGACUUGCGUGGGCAGCCAUGCUGUAUAUCCGUGAUCACGCAGGAAAGUUCCCGAUGCCGGCUGGGAUAUGUGGGAUUGCGCCGUGGUUGGAUUUGACGCAUUUGAUGCCGUCGUUUUUGGAUAAUGGGAAGUGGGACUACCUGCCUACAAGGACCAAAGACCCCAAGCAUACCAACAAGGACCGCCUUUUCCCAUACGUAAAGCAUAAUGAUGAUAUGCCAAACCCAUACGUGUCUCCCUUAUAUGCCAAGGAGGAUCCAAACGUCCCCAUCUGUCCCGUCCUCAUUCAAAUCGGUGAGGCCGAACGACUACGUGAUGAGAGCAUCUAUUGGGCUUUCGAGCGAUUCAAGAACUCGCCGGUGCGCUUGGAGAUGAUGGAGGAUCAGGUCCACGUAUACCACCUCUUCGAAUCCUCGAAAUCAAUCGCCGGUAAAUCAUACCAGCGAUUCGGUGAAUUUAUUCGUGAAGUCACGUCUUUGAAAGGCAGACCGUUCGUGGUUGGUGAUCGCGCUGUGCUGAUCCGUAACCAGCGUCCUGCGUACCCCAUUGAGUCAUUAAAGGACCCGUUGCGCUUUGUGCGUGAGGGGUUGGAGAGGCGCGGACAGAGGUUGGAGGAUGUGGGGCGUUGGCUGGACGCGAGGGCGAGGUUGGAUUGUUUGCAGGGGGAGUGCGAGUAUGAGUAUUGA